GAGGAUACUACAGGACAGAGAAGAUCUGCGCGCGCCCUGUGCGACAGUUCUGAGCGGAGCCUAUCAUUUUAUAGUUUAAUGGAUAUUGACCGUAGCCUACUUUAGUAGACAUUGUAUCAACAAGUUAAAUUUAUGUUUUUUAUUCACACUGCCAGUUAUUAACACUGGUAAAUCCGGUGAGUGAAUUAUGACACUAAUCUGAUACGGAGCAAGAUUGAACCGAACACCGUUACCCAUGCAGCAGACCAGACCCCUCUCCGUUGGAAAUAAACCGCGAUAUUUUUGGUAAAAAUCAAAUUGUCUUGUGAAAUAAGAAACGGUGGAUCUCAUUUUCAUCUUGAAACGAGUUGAGACGAGAGAUAAAAAGCUGCUCUGUUGUAACCUAAUCCUUGCCCUUCGGGCGUUUGAAUAGCCCAAAGCAAGAAUUCUUCUAGCCCUCCUCUUAUUUAGAGACGGACUGGCUUUCUUCUCAUAAAACUCGACGGAUUCAUCAUAUCAGAAAAAGCAAGACCAGACAAAGACGGAUAUAGAGCAAACGACGACCCAACUGACAUUAACAGAGAUAAAAUCGGAAGGGAGAAGAGAUUCCUAUGUCUUCUGUAUCCGUGUCCUCCCAGGAGGGAAGGAGCAUGUCCAGGAUGUCUAUGAGUCGUUCUCCAGUUUCUCCAAUGAAUGCCCAGGGCAUCCCAUCACCGGCCCAGCUGACUAAAGCCAAUGCCCCGGUCCACAUUGAUGUGGGAGGACACAUGUACACCAGCAGCCUGGGGACUCUCACUAAAUACCCAGAGUCUAGAAUCAGUCGUCUGUUUAAUGGAACAGAGCCCAUCGUAUUGGACAGCUUGAAGCAGCACUACUUCAUCGACAGGGAUGGAGACAUAUUCAGAUACAUCCUCAGCUUCCUCAGGACCUGCAAACUACUACUCCCAGAGGACUUCAAGGACUUCCCCCAGCUAUACGAGGAGGCUCGCUACUACCAGCUGACCCCCAUGGUCCGCGAGCUGGAGCGCUGGCUGACAGAGCGGGAGGGCCAGAAGAGCCGGCCCUGCGAGUGCCUGGUGGUCCGAGUGACCCCUGACCUGGGUGAGAGAAUUGCCCUCAGCGGGGAGAAGGUGCUCAUUGAGGAGAUCUUCCCCGAGACUGGAGACGUCAUGUGUAACUCGGUGAACGCCGGUUGGAACCAGGACCCCACACAUGUUAUCCGGUUUCCGCUCAACGGCUACUGCAGGCUCAACUCAGUUCAGGUUCUGGAGAGGUUGUUCCAGAAGGGCUUCAGCGUGACGGCGUCGUGUGGCGGCGGAGUUGACUCCUCCCAGUUCAGCGAGUAUGUCCUGUGUCGUGAGCUCCACAGGGGUCAGUCCAUCGGCACCACCACCACUAUCCGCAUCAAACAGGAGCCUCUGGACUAGGUCAGGGGGAACAACAGAGGGACCCCUGAGAUAAGAUGUUCAACAACCCCGGUGCUCAUCUCCAGGUCCUAUCUACACAAAACACAGAAGGAGGACUCUUUAUGCUUGGGAAUAUCAUGUGCCAAUGGCAAUGUUGAUUGGGCAAGCAAGAUGUGAGAAGGUUGUGAUUCUAUUGAGACUUAAAUAGUCUAUGGAACUCUUACUGCUGCUGUUUCCAAGGGAAACGGUCAGUCACCUCUGGGCUAUUGACAACUAGAAGGAACAAGGAAAUAGCUCCAGUAAUAUGGUUCUCAGGUCCAGCUUAGGUUUCACUGGGGACUCCUGUUCAAGCCUAACGAUUGGUCUACUGGUAUGCCAGAUGACCUCCGCUUCAGAGACAUUGUCUGUGUUUACACAGGCAGCCCAAUUCUGAUAUUUUGCCCAAUUAUUGGCAAAAGAUUCAAUCUGAUUGGUCAAAAGAACAAUUCAUGUCAAAAGAUCAGAAUUGAGCUGCCUGUGUAAACGAUGCCAAAAAUGGCCAUGUCCUGCCCUGCCACAGGAAGAACAUGGCAAUGUGUUUGCUGCAUUUCUUGACGACUUCCUACCCAGGACACUGGUCAAUCUGAAUAGGUCAUAUACUGUAUGUGUAGGUAUUUGUACAAUUCAAUGUCAAUGGACAAUAUGGGGUCUCCAUUUUUUUCCUGUCCUGAUAAAUAUAUUUUCAUGAUGUGAAAAUGGGGAUUUUGUAUGUGAUAAUAUGGUGAAAAAGUGCACAUAAUUUAAAGAUUUGUAUAACUGCAAUUUCAAUUGUUCAUAUUUAAGGUAUGUGUUUGCUUACGGUGAAUCAACAUCUUUUCUUUGUAAAGUUGUAUUGAUAUAAAGAUAAAACUGUCUCUGA